AUUCAUCCCUUCACUUUAAAUUCUCUCUUGUCCAUUUUCCUUUAUCCUCUCUCAUCCCACCUUUAGCCUUUACAUCACAUAACAUAAAUUUUCUUUUUCUCUUUAAACACCUAAACAAUUGUUCAAUAUUUUUUUCUAUUCCUUUCUUCUCAAAUUAACCUAUCCUCAAAAGUUCUAUUGGGCCAUUUUCUCUUUUUUUUUUUUUUUUUUUGUGUGCUCAAUUUCUAUCAAAUAUGUUUACUUCCAAAACAAGCCUCCAUCAGAUACAAACUUUCAACCCUCAAAAUAACAACCUUCAUGAUGCUAUUUUCUCUCCAUAUUUGAAUAUCAAAGAAGGGAAUUAUAUAGGCAAAAAUGGUGAAUCAAGCCAAAUAAUUAACCCGUUUAUUAACCACAGAAACUCUCCUCUUCACCAAGUGGAAAAAACAGAAGAAAUCGGAGUUUUCGGAGCCGAAAAAUACUUCAACAGAAGAGAGGUUGAUACUCCAAGAGUUUCAACAAAGUACCUUCCUCAGAGAGAUGAAUCAAUGGCUAUAGAAACUAGAAAAUACCAAGUUGAAUAUGGAACUCCAAGUAUUAGUUCUGUAUCAACAUGGAAUAGCCAAAGUGCACUUUUAAAGAGUGAAGUGAGAAAUUCUUUAAGGAAUAGUAAAGAAAAAGUGCAUGCUAAAAGUGUUCUAUCAAGUCUUGGUUUAACAUGUUCUUGUUCUGAUAAGAAUUCUGUUGAUAUCAAUGACCAUGCAAGUGAAAUCAGUUUUAACAAAAAAACUUGUAAUGUUCAAGGCAAAACAACACCAAAAAAAGUCUUCAAUCUUGGUCUAGAUAAUGAUCUUUCAGUUAAAAUAAGAAAGCCUAGUUCAGAACUUUUCAUCAAUAAAGAUGUUUACUUUCAAAAGCAAGAGAAGUUAAGGAUAGGAGGAUUAAACAGUGAAAAGAAUAGUUUGGCUUCUAACUCAAGAAACCAUCUUCCAUCAUUAGAUGAAGUAAAGACACCAAGAAAAUCAUUGGAAGUGUUUGGAUCACCAAAGCCAAUAUUGAUCAAUAACAAGAGAUUGAUAUUUCCUUCCAAAAUGGAAGAAAUUGUUGAUGAUGAUGCUGCAAGUGAUGCAAGUUCUGAUUUGUUUGAGAUUGAGAGUCUCAAAGGAAAAUCCUCCAACAAUUUUCUCACUAGACAAACAUCAGAUGCUGCUUCAAGUUGCGUUAGUCCGAAUAAUUAUGCGCCGAGUGAGGCAAGCAUAGAAUGGAGUGUGGUGACUGCAAGUGCUGCAGUUAUGUCAGAUUGUGAAGAUCAAAUGUCUGAGUUUACAAUAAGAAGUCCAAUAAAGACACCAUUGAAGCCAAAGAUCACUAGAGAGACACCUAAGCGGCGUCCCGGUACCUUGUUGGGAUGCAAGAGCCACAAAGCUGUUAGAGUUGCUGGUGAUGCUUUCAUAACAUAUGAGAAACAAAGUUUAAGUCCUAAAAUUGGUAACAGAAACAAAAACAGUACUAAUUCUCAGGUAGCAAGGUUUCCAGGAGAGACAAAUAUUGGUGCAAAAACAAGGCAUGGACAACAACAUGGUUAUAAUACCACACCACCAUUGAUGGCUUCUAACUCACCACAUGCUUCAAAAUUGCUAUACAUUUAGCAAUAUUUUGCUAUGUAGCACCGACAGUUCAGAUUUGAAGACAUGUUUAGUGUCUGACAUGUGUCAGUGUCUAAUUGACAUGUGAUUACAUUCAAUUAUAUCAUUUUAUUAAAUUAUUAGUAGUGUCGAUGUGUCAGUGUCAUGUUCACAGUACAUGUGUUGGUGUUUCAUAGAUAAUUUGAGACUUUUUAUAUUGUUUUGGAAUAUUUUCAUUAUGAAUUUGUAUAGUGCAAAGGGCAAAGAGGUAUGGCUUGAAAAGUAAGUAUGUUUUGUUGUGUAAUAAUAAUGUUGAUGUAUUUUUCUGUUUGCAUUGAUAUUAUAUUUUGUUUGCAUUAAGCAAUGGCAGCUUAUGGUUAAAAAGUUGAUGAAAAUGAAUGGUUUGUAGUCAUGCUUUUGGUGUCAUAUAAAAAAAGGGAAGUGAAAUGUGGCCUCAAAUAUUGAUUACAUGAGAAAAUGUCCCUUCCAAUGAUUCCUUAAGCAAAAAAUUGGUUCUAUUGUAUA